AUGCGCGCUAGAUUGCUCUACCAGAGCAAAAAACGAGGGAUAUUGGAGAACGAUAUACUGCUGGGAGAUUUUGCCGAUGCCAACUUGAACAAGAUGGACAAAGGAUUGUUGCAAAAAUACGAUGCGCUGAUCAACGGCUCGCACAUGGAAUGGGAUCUCUACUACUUCCUCUCCGGCAAGAAACCGGCACCCACCGAUGUAUCCGAAUGCCCGGCGUUUCAGAAAUUGAAGGAAUUUGUCGAUUCUAAACGUAAUGGU